AUGGAUAAAAAUCUGUGUAGUAAUUUCCUUUUAGUAAGGAACUGGUUUCCCGAUAAAUUGGGAAGUAAUGGUGACUAUCAAUUUAAAGAUGCUGAACAUUUACAAAAGUAUUGUGAUGAUGGAAAAUGUAAUGGUCCUCUCGAUAAAAUUAGUGCUGGAUGUUUAUAUUUUUUUAAUGAAUUUUUUAAGGAUGCUUCUGUGUUUAGGUCUGUUGCCAAAAGCAACAUCGACAUUGUUGAUUACAUUAUUAUAUGGUUAAGUUAUAUGUUAAACCUAAAAGAAAAUACUGGUAGCACCAUUAGCCAUAUAAAACAUUUUUAUGAUACAACUAUAGAUAAUGAUAAGUACAAAAAACCUAUAGAUAAUAUUUCGGAGUAUAAAAGUUAUAAGGAUCUUAUAGAUAAAAAACACGAUUUGAAGAAUAAGGAUAUGAAUAAAAAUAUUAUAUCUAAAUUAUAUGAUGCAUUUAAUAUAUUAUGUAAUAUGUAUACUGGAUUUGAUGAAAGCAAGGCAAAUUGUGAGAACAUUUCGGAAAAAGCUCGUCAAUUUGUUGAAAAAUAUAAAGAACUUAAUGUAAAUUGUGAUAUUACUGGAAACAGUUCAUGUAGUAAAAUAUUGUAUACUUUAUCAAUUGAUUAUAUUAAUUUUAAAAAUAAAUGUAACGAUAUUCCACCUCUUCCAGGGAUAGCAUCAGAAAUUUUUGCACAAAGAUUUGGAUUUACAUCAAGUUCGUCGAUAGCAACAAAAUUAUUUAUAGUUUUAUCGAUAUUUGGUGCAAUAGGAAUUUUUUUGGGAAUUUCGUAUAAGUAUUCAUUAUUUGGAUUUCGGAAACGAUUUCAAAAACAAAAAUUAAGAGAAAAGCUAAAAAAUAUAAAGAAGAGAAUGAAUCAAUAA